AUGGCCAGUCAUGACCCCCUGGACAGAUAUGAUGAUGCUGAAGUUGUGCUGGAUCCGGGAGAGGCUGCUGAUCCAGGGCUGAGCGACAGAGUUGUCUGCAAGACAGCCAGGCUAGGAGGCACCAGGGAGCUGCGCCUGGUUGACGGAGGUGGUCACUGCGCAGGACGGGUGGAGGUGAUGCAUGAGGGCCAGUGGGGCAGCGUGUGCAGUUACGACUUCCACUGGGAUGUCCGUGCUGUGGAGCUGCGCCUUGUGAAUGGAGCUAGUUCCUGUGAGGGCAGAGUGGAGGUGAAGCUGCGAGGCCAGUGGGGCACGGUGGGCAAUGACCUAUGGGACAUGGAGGAUGCCGAAGUGGUGUGUCAACAGCUGGGCUGUGGCUCUGCCAAAAGUGCUCACAUCUCCACACCGUUUGGGAGAGGGUCUGGACCCAUUAGCCUAGUUCGGAUUGACUGUCGUGGUGAUGAGUCUGCCCUGUGGGAAUGCACUGUCUUGGGAUGGGGUCCAUACAAAGCCCUCCAUGACUGGGAUGUUGGCGUAAUCUGCCAAGGAUUUGUGCGGCUGGUUGGUGGGGAUGACACCUGCUCGGGACGUGUGGAGGUCAGGAAGGGCCAAGAAUGGGCCACCCUCUGUGAGGCCCACAUGGACCUCAACACUGCCAAUGUCAUCUGCAAGGAGCUGGGCUGUGGUGCAGCUCUGGCAUACAAAGCCCUCCAUGACUGGGAUGUUGGCGUAAUCUGCCAAGGAUUUGUGCGGCUGGUUGGUGGGGAUGACACCUGCUUGGGACGUGUGGAGGUCAGGAAGGGCCAAGAAUGGGCCACCCUCUGUGAGGCCCACAUGGACCUCAAUGCUGCCAAUGUCAUCUGCAAGGAGCUGGCCUGUAGUGCAGCUCUGGCAGUCACCAGCGCGGCACAUUUUGGGUCUGGAGCUGGGCCCAUCUGGGACGGGGGCUUUGAGUGUGCAGGCAACGAAUCCCUCCUGUCUGCCUGCGUCCGCAGGCUGCCCCCUGCCCAGGGAUGCACCCAUGCCAACGACACCGGCAUCAUCUGUUCCCCCUACACGGCCUUCAGGCUGGUGAAUGGCAGCACGGCCUGUGCAGGGCGGGUCGAGGUGGGGGUGCGGGGUACGUGGCGCUCCCUCUGUGACACUGGCUGGGACGAGCGUGAUGCCCAGGGGCUCUGCCCCCCGCUUGGCUGCGACCAGCUUGGCUGCGGAUUUGUCACCUCCGUGCCCCACGGAGGCUAUUUUGGGGCAGGGAGUGGCCCACUCUGGCGGGACACAUUUCACUGCAGCGGAAUCGAGUCCCACCUGGGAGCGUGCCCUGCCACAGCGCUGAGGAUCCCCGUGUGUUCCCUGGGCAACACCGCUGCAGUCAAUUGCUCAGGGCCAAGUAGUGCUGAAGCCCUGUGUCUGGUGGGCGGGGAAAGCCGCUGCGACGGGCGCCUGGAGGUGGCCCUGCACGGAGCCUGGGGCCGAGUCCUGGCAGAGCACUGGGACACCAGCAGUGCCAGCGUGGUGUGUCGGCAGCUCCGCUGUGGCCCUGGCACAGAUGCAGAUGCAACCUAUGAGGCCAUCUAUCAGGAGCUUGACUACACCGUGACACCAGAGUACCAGGACAUGCCGAAUGGCUCAG